AUGUACCCUUCCUCCCAGGGCGUGUCAGGAACGGGGAAAUCAACACUGGGUUCCGCGCUUGCUGAAUCACUGGGUCUCCCAUUCAUCGAUGGAGACGAUCUCCACCCUCCAUCGAAUAUAGCCAAGAUGUCGUCAGGACAGCCAUUGACUGACGCAGACCGAGAACCAUGGCUGGCGUUGAUCCGCAAGACGGGCACGGAGAAGGUGCCAGUGGUGAUGGCCUAUAUUCUGCGGGGGCAGAAUGGGACCGAGGAGGCACCAAGGACGUAUUUUGUGUAUAUCAAGGGGUCCCGCGAGGUUUUGUUGGACCGAAUGCAGAAGCGCCAGGGACAUUUUUUCAAGGUGGACAUGUUGGAUAGUCAGUUUGAGGCAGUUGGAGAGUCCAGGAGGGUGAGGAAGGGGUGGUUACGGUUCCAGUUGGAAGAGUCGACGGAGGUACAGGUGGCAAUGGCGAAGGAGGAGUUGUUGAGGAUGGUAGAGUAG